CGUGCCGUUUGGUUUGAUUGGAGAUUUGACACAGUUUACAACCGUACACACGAAAUACAGAAGUGAACCUACGGGGUUACAAAUGACCUGCCACUGUAGUACACAAGCUCUUAAGUGCCAAAUGUAUUUUAAGACAUUUGUCACCUUUGCGGGCUGAAGAAGACGUCAAAAACCACCUGCGGACUUACGAGACGUACGCAUGCGUUAAAAUCUGACGAGGACAAAUUGGCCAAACAAAUGCCUGCAAGGGUCGGUAAGCCGCUUGGAGUAAACGCCAGCGGCGAUAACUCGAGCGACAGACGCGCGUCACGUACGCCGCUGCGCCCCCACACCUCCAUCGGGCUUACGUCCCCUGAAGCCGGGGACUACGACAUUAACUUCUACUCCAGCAGGUACAAGCGGUGUGUCAGCAGACGAUCUGGAAAACAGAAGGAGCCCACGGUGACUGAAGGCGUCGUACUUGGCAGCGGUCCUUCCCAUGGCGGGGUUCCAGACUCUAGGAAUACGCAAGACGUGACGGAUCAGAGAACCCAUCGCCCCAACCAUGAGCAACAUCACACGGAUUUAACCUUUGAACCCGGGUCUACCACUCUCAGACCCAAAUCGUCGUAUCAGAAAGUCAAGAAAGAUUUUCGUUCGGAGAGUACGACUUCAACGAAAGUCUCCGACGUGUCGGGUAUAUACAAGUAUCACUACAUCUCACCUGAGCACAGCGCGGCACACAGACACACGAACAAGGUAGACAACAGACAGGCUCUCACGCAGGCGACCGCGGUUCAAGACACGCUCAGACGACGGGGCAGCGGCGGGGUGACCUUUGCCCUCCCAGACGACACCCAGGGCUCGACUCAGGUUUACGAUCUGACGCAUGAUUCUAUUUAUAGAAGGAUGAGCGCCCCGGAGUUACCUCCCAUCUCUAGCAGGGGAGACAAACGUAAGACGUCUAACAACAGUCUCAACUCUUCCGGCACUUCUCUCAACCUCAAUACCGGAAACGGAACGAAGACAUUUUCAUCCCUGAAGACGAACUACCCAGUACUGGACGGGGGCAGCAAAACACCUGGCCAGGUCAGCGUGACCCCGGGCUCACAGAACAAAAAGAAGAAAGGGCCGCUACCCCGGAACUACAGCGACCCGUCGCUGAGCGGCGCCCUCAUCGCGGGCUCCAGUCAGGAGUCGAUAUCCACAAAUCUCUCAUCCAUGACGGGGGAGGUGGGCGUGUCGGGGUCAAGGAAGUACGGGCACCGGGCCAUGUCAUGGAGCACCGCAGACAACAUGGGCUCCCAGACCAAGCUGGAGACCCUCAUCGAAGGCCAGUGCGUCGGGGCCCCCCAUAACGGUAACUAUAGCAACCAGACGCCCAGGGCGCCGCCGAUUUACAAGGCCAACAGCAAUAGCAGUAGUAAUAAUAAUAACAACAAUAACAACGACGAUGCUGUCGUUCUACCGCACGCCGCGCCAGGCCGGAAGGACACGGCACGGUACCAGACUCACGCGCGCAACAAAAACCUGCCCAACGCCACGGAGCACAGCCCGAGGGGCCGGGCGGCGCAGCGGUCAAACUCAGAGCAGACCCUGGGUGGCAAGCUGAAGCCAGAUCUCAUCCACCAGUCCAAGGAGAGAGCCAUCCAGAGGGUCAUGUCCCGAAACUUAUCCAUGGAUCGAAUCCACGGUGGGAACGUCAACAAAACCAACCCGCCCCCCAAACCUGUCAAUACCAACAUGCGACGCGCCAACUCUAUGGCCGCCAUCAACAACAACAGCAGCAACAACAACAACGACGACGAUGAUUUCUCAGACGAUGACGAUUUCAACACCCGUCUCAUCAACUGGCUCAACAUCGUUAACAGCGUGGACGAGUUCGAUACCGAUCCUCAGGAUGUGUGUAUCGAAUACGCGGACGAACUCCCAAGGAAGGAUACGGCGGUCCACUUGGUGCAUUUAGAGCAGUGAGGACUUGGGGUAGGGUUU